AUGACAGCUGUGCUCGACUUGACUUCCCUCCCCUCCCCUCGCACCUCUUUCCUCUGGUCUGCUGCCCCGUCGUUGCCCGCCCACAACAGACUACGAGGGCGAGCAGCAGAUGGAGACUACGAGGGAGAGCAGCAGAUGGAGGUGGAGGCGCUAGAGGCGAUUCUCAUGGACGAGUUUGAAAGUGAGUCCCUUUGUUUUGCCGAAUGCCACGAUCCCUCCUUAUUCUCCAUUUCCUCCUCCCUGCUGCUCCCGUCCCCCUUCCCUACUGCCCCCUUCCCCGUCCCUGCUGCUCCCUUCCCCCCUCCCUGCUGCUCCCUUCCCCCCUCCCUGCUGCUCCGCUCCCUCCCCCUUCACGCUGCUCCCUUCCCCCCUCCCUACUGCUACCUUCCCCCUCCCUGCUCCCUUCCCCCCUCCCUGCUGCUCCCUCAAACUGGAUGCAAGGUUGCUCUGCCAGUGUUUUAA